UCUAGUUUCUUAUAAUUAUGGCUUUGAAGGUUGGUGUAAUAAUUUUGUUUUUGUGGUGCCUAUCGCAAAAAUGGAACGCAGUCAUAGCCAGAAGACUAUCAGCAGAAGAGGAUUUAGAAUUGGAGGAGCAGCUUAAACAUCUUACGAAGCCAGCAGUGGAAACCAUUCUUACAACAUAUGGAGAUACAUAUGAUUGUGUGGAUUUCUACAAACAACCUGCUUUUGAUCAUCCUUUACUCAAGAAUCACUCCUAUCAUUUUCAGAUGAAACCUACUUCUUAUCCAACAAGAAGAAGGCAAAGCAAUUCUUCGUCAGUCUUGAAACCUAAAUUAGACAUAUGGCAAAACGGUAAAGGUUGUCCAACUGGUACAGUUCCAAUCAAGAGAGUUACUAAAGACGAUCUCAUCAGAGCCAAAUUAGCUGCAGAACUAUAUGCUUCCAAUUUGAAUCCUCAAAAG